AUGAUGACCUACGCUUUCCUCGCUCUUUCCCUUGCCUCUGUUGGCAUUGCCUGGGACAAGGACUUCCCCUUGUACUGUGGUGAGCAGCACGACCAGUUUUGCAUUCAGCCUCUGAGUGAUUCCUGCUAUGCUUGCAUCAACCCUGUCGAGGCAAGCUGCCCUGGCGAUGAGGGUGGUCCCGGCUUCAAGGACUGCUUCUGCCCUGUUCCAUCCAAGACAAUGGACGCUAUCACUGCUUGCAUCAACGACCCCAACACUCGCUGCGAUGUUGAAAACGGUGUUCUUGGAACCUUCAACCUUGAGUGUCAAGAUUACAACAAGGGCAUGUGUGCCGUCUACGAUGCCACGACUAAGAAGGUCACCCUCCAGCCGUGCGAUGGUUCGCCUGUGAGCACGAUUGUUAGACCCUCUACCUCGGCUGCCCCCGCCUCUUCAUCGGCUGCAUCUUCUGUGGUUUCUGCUUCCUCUGCUGUUGUUAGCAGCAGCUCUGCCCCGGUCACCAGCAAGGGCCCGUCUUCCGCCACUGGCGCCGCUUCCCACUCCGGCUCCCAGCCCGCUAGCACCAGUGUACCUGUUGUCGUUCCUCCUACUGGCGGUGCCAAUGCCCUUGCAGCUGGUGGCAAUGUUGUCGCCCUUCUCGCUGGUGUCGCGGCCUUGGCUCUGUAA